AUGCUAAGGUACUCCUCAUUGUUGACAGAGUUGGUCCUUAUCGAUUUCUCCAAUGCUUUUAACGCUGUUAACCAUGAUCUGUUACUGGCCACUCUUAGGCAUCUGAAUAUAUCUUCAUCUGCGGCUGGUUGGUUCUCUUCGUAUCUUCAGGACCGUCGUCAGGCGGUUCGUUCUGAUCGUACGUUUUCUGACUGGUGCACUGUCACUUCUGGAGUUCCACAGGGCGGAAUUCUCUCACCUCUUCUUUUCUCGAUUUUUAUUAACCUUAUUACUUCUAAAAUUAAAUGCUCUUACCAUCUGUAUGCUGAUGACUUGCAGCUUUAUACCCAAGCGAGUGCUAAGGAUCUGGACCAGGCAAUCGCUGAAAUAAACUUAGACCUUAACCAUAUCUCCACUUGGUCACAUUGCUUUGGUAUCACAGUCAACCCAGCUAAAUGUCAGGCCAUAUUACUUGGCAGCACCCGCUUACUCUCUUUGGUAAACACUGUGGAAUUGGCGCCAGUUCUCUUUGAAACUGAAGUUAUUCCGCUUUCAUCGCAAGUGAAGAAGCUGGGGCUAACAAUUGACAGUGGGCUCACAUGGGAACCACAGGUGUCCGACGUUAGUCGUAGAGUAAUUAACACGUUAAGAGCACUCUAUCGCCAUAAACAUUUUCUUCCGGUCAGCACAAAAACUCUCCUUGUCCAAGCUCUUGUUCUGCCUGUCCUUGAUUAUGCUGAUGUUUGUUACACUAAUCUCACUCAAGAUUCUUUAAAUAAAUUUAACCGGCUACUUAAUAGCUGCAUUCGGUUCGUGUUUGGACUUCAAAACUUAAUUGGCUCCCUAUACGAGAUCGUAGGUCCCUUCGUAUUCUGUGUACUCUCUACUCAAUCUUGUUUGAUCCGUCCGCCCCAGAGUAUCUCCGCUCGAAAUUUAAAUUUGUUACCCCACGUCCAGGCACAGAUCUCCGCUCUGCCCGUAGCCUUAAGCUCAUUGUCCCCCAACAUCGAACGGGUUUCAUGUCCAAUUCUUUCACUGUCCAGGCUAUCAGGCUUUGGAACGGUCUCCCACUCUCUAUCAGACAAGCGCAGACCAAAUUCACAUUCAAGCGCAUGCUGCGCAAACAUUUCCUUGACAAACUUUCUUCUUCGUCAACUUAAUGAUUCACACAAGGUAUAUAAUUAUGUAUAUUAUGUAUGUAAGUCUAUUUGUAUUAAGUAUAUGUGUAAGUUUAUCAACAUAGAGAUCCAGAAGCUCGCUACUGACGAGUACUACAGAACCCUUUACUCCAACAAAUAUGUGAACCUAAACAAAUGUGCCUAUCAAAUAUCACCCGUCAACCCUGAGGAAAUACCACCCAUACUUAAACAAGAAGUAGAGAAAGCCAUCAUGUCCCAAAAACUAGAUAAAGCUCCCGGACCGGACAAUAUAUAUAAUGAGCUAAUGAGGGGCACGUUAGAAGAAAUAUGUCCAAUCUAA